CGUGCCCGCUUUUUACAGCGUCCUCGCAGCGCACGAGGAAGAAGCACGAGGCCUCGGGAUGGACAAUCUGCAGCGUCAGAUCUCGGCCCUGGUUCAGGCCGCUGAUGAGCAGGCAAGUCUGGGACGCCGGCCAUCGAGACCAGUGGCAGCAUGCUUACAGCAGCCCUACGUUCGAGCAGGGACCCUUUUUCCUCGGCGACCGCAAGUGUCUCGUCGACGUGCACCUGGCGCCGUUCGCCUUGAGGCUGUCCCGGCUGCAGCCAUUCCAGGACUGCCCUCAACCAACACCGCAGCCACGAUGGCAGCGAUGGCUGGAUGCUCUCGAGCAGGACCCGCACGUGCGCAGCACGCUCAGUGCGGACAAGCUGUACACCAGUUCGAUGGGUGAUUUGCUCAAGGGGUUCCCGGUGUUGUCGGACGGAGCUCGCUAUCAAACGGGCCCGUAGGCUGGCCCGCAAGAUCGUCGACGUCGUGUAUUACGGACCGGUGUAAUUAGAGGCUGAGCGGCCUGCGCUGCGUCUUA